UGCAGAUGAAGCAGUGUUUGUUGAGGUCAGGCAGAUGCAGCCAAGAGCAGAACCCUGGCAGUGGGGCAGGGGGGGAGUGGGGCAGGAAUGCAAUGAACACAUGGCCCUGGGCUGUGCUAUGCUUCUGCCAUCAUCCCUGGUACAACGCCCCGGGGGAGUGAUGACAACUCAUGGGAUGCAAAGAGAUGCUUUGCUCUUGCAUCCCAUGCUUCACCAAAUGGAUGAGAGGACGCAGUAAUGGGGUGCAGAGCUGGUUAGCUGUCCUUGUGCCACGUGGAAACCCAUGCUGUGGCCACCUGGUGCCACAAUGGGCUGCAGCCAGAGGCAGCAUAUCUCCCUAAGCAGUGCUGAAAGCACCAAUAAGAUCAGGGUGUUCUGCCCUGUGUGUUCCUAUCGACGUAUCUGUGUGCCCUAAGCUGAAGUCAUGUUUAUUUCAGUGCAGAUGGAGCUGCUCACAUCCCUCUCUAAUUACCAAUGAGUCAAGCAGCCAGGAAAAAAUUAACAGACAAAAAGGAUAAUUCUUUUAUUUUAGUUUCAGUAACUCUGCUCAUGGAAAAGCUGUGCUGUUACUGCCAGCAAAUGGCUGAGCAGGGGCCGGGGGCUUAAAUCUUAAAGCUUUCUGUCCUGGCAGCAUCUGGUUGUGGUAAACCUGUGCUCUGCCAAUCUCGGGUCAAUAAAAGGGUUGAGGAUCCCCCCGGCCCUGUGUGGGCUGGGAGGACAUAGAGGCUUUGCCCAGGCCCCUGGGUGACGACUGCUCCCCGUGUCCCUGCAGAAGGGCUGAGCUCUGUGUGAGUUAUGGGAGGGUUUCCAUUGUUCCACCAGUUUGGCUGCAUCCACGAUGCUGCAUCCCCUCCCAGCCUUCCAAAGCAGCUGCUGGGAGCCAGCAGCACUCUGCAGAGCAGCACAGGGACUGCUGUGAUGGGGUGUGGAGGAGGAGGGAAGCAUCCAGACACCUCGAGCUGCUGGGCUCGUGCUGCAGUGCAGGGAUCCAUACGUCCUGCACUGCUCCUGGCUCUGCUGUGGCUCUUUGGCAUGCCGAUGGCUCACGGUAAGUACAGCACUGGGAUGCAUGUUGGGCAGCAGUGACACCUUCCCAGGUCCCAUCAUUCUGCAGGGGGGCUGGGGAUGACGAUACCACCAUCCCCGAGGGCUGCAGCUCAGCCUGCUGCCUUUGUUCAGGGGAAGAUCCUGACUGUCCUCCUGGGAGCGGAGUUCUCACCCUAGGAGGUCUUCUUGUACCGCAGGUGCCUGUGGGCCCCCGCCUCACAUGACCCACUCCCAGCCCUCCGGCGUCGAGCAGCUCAGCAGCUUCCCCGUGGGCUCCAGAGUGACCUACACCUGUCUGUACGGUGCUAUCAGGAUCCCCGGGCUGUUGGACACGGUGCAGUGCCUGCCUGGCUCACGCUGGUCGGAGCUGCGCGAUCCCUGCGGCCUGAGCUGCACUACCCCGACCACGCUGCACUUUGCUGCCCUGUCCAAGGUGGACGAGAUGAUCAAUUUCUAUCCUGUUGGGUUCACUGUGAGCUACGUCUGCCGUCCUGGUUAUGAGAACAUAUCAGAAAGCCAACCCACCAGCACCUGCCUUGAGAACCUGAUGUGGUCAGAGGUCCCGGAGUUAUGCCAGAGGAAAUCCUGCGGUCCUCCAGCAGCCCCACCUGCAGGGAGGACCCUCCAACCCACCGAUUUUCUGUUUGGCACACGUGUGAACGUGAUCUGCAAUGAGGGGUACCAACUCCACGGGAGGAAUUUCAUCCACUGUUGGCUUAAAGGAGAUGAUGUUGAGUGGAGUAAACUUCCAACCUGUGAACUAAUCACCUGCUCUUCACCUCCUCGGAUCAGCAAUGGGAGGCACGAUGGGGAAGGUGUAGAAAAGUUUGCUUACAACUCAACAGUGACCUACAGCUGUGACUCUGGCUUCCAACUCAUUGGGAAUGUGAGCAUCCGUUGUACGAGAGCAGACAAUGCAAGAGGGGUCUGGAGUGGAGCAGUGCCCCAAUGCAAAGAGAAAAGCCCACCUGUCAAAUUUGGAGUAAAAACCAUGGAAAGGAGUCCUCCUCCCCAGAGUUCCCAGAGACUUGACCUCAAACCACGCAAGAAGACUUUCACAAUGGAAAUGAAAAUGAACCUCUAUAAGAAGUCACUCCAAAACUCCAACUCCUUCUCUUCCUCUUCUUCGUUCUCCAGGAAGCCAGGGAGCUGUGCUACCUCAGCUCUCAAAUUUGUGAUGCCUUUGUACAAAACCCAAAGCUCCUUCUCUCCUGGAACCCACAAGCGAUCUCCGUGUUCUCCCAAGUACCGCAGCAUCUCUGCUGUUCUCCCCAAGGCUGGCUGCUCUGAAAACACAUGGUGGUCUAAAGCUGCAGCAUUUUGUGGAACAAGGUCGUGGGCAGCCAGGAGAACCCAGACGUGGCAGAAGUGCUGCUAUCAUCGAUUUCCCAUCCGCUGCAAAAGGCUCUUUUACCUGUAGGAAUGUUGUUUUGUCAUUCCUGGCACUUCUUCAGGACUUUGGGUGAACGCAGCAGCUCCGACCCGGCCGUGACCCAAAGCAGAGCCCUGACACAUCCCAGCCAGGGGGAAACCCAACUGGAGGCACUGAGCUCUCCCCGUGUGCCUGCACACACCGUCCCAUGCAAUUCAGUGGUGUAGCAUGGCCUGAACACCUUGUUUUCUGUUUAAAAGAAAGUGGCACUGUAAGUAUAAACCACCUAAAUCCGUCACUGCGCACUGCUCCUGAGGCACCUCCUGCAGUGGUUGUGCUUCUUCAGCUCACUUAUUUCCCUUUGACACAAGGAAGCUAUGCCAGCCUCACCUCACAGGCAUCUAUGAAGUAUGUUUUUCUAAACUGUGAUGUGCUUGAAUGUUUCCAGGAUGAAAAUUAUGGGCGCCAGCGUUGGCUGAUUGCCACAGCUGCCUCUCCCAUCGGAGAUGUUAGAAGUUCAUAGAAUCAUAGAAUGGCCUGGGUUGAAAAGGCUCACAGUGAUCAUCUAAUUUCAACCCCCUUGCUAUGUGCAAGGUCACCAACCACCAGACCAGGCUGCCCAGAGCCACAUCCAGUCUGGAGCAGUUAGCUCUAAGGUCACAAAUCCACUCAUCAAUCCCUCUGAGCAGAGCAGGCUGUGGUUUCCCCAACCCUCUUUAUGCUGUUUGCAGAAUUUCGGUCAGAUCUCCUUGGUGUCACAACCUCUUACAGUCAGAGUUUCCCCUCCCCACACCUAUUUCCUUGCUCGUUAGCAACACAGACUGCUGCCACAGCAAUUGGCACAAACACAAAGGCACACAGAGAGCUCACAGAGGAGACUCAGAUAUCUGCAGUGCUCCCUUGGCUGCAGCAGCCUGGGGAUGUCACAACCAUAGUGCAACCAGAGUGCUGCCUUUCUCCGUUGCCCUCCUGUUAGGAAACCACAGCACUUUGCACAAGAAAUCAAAUACUGGCCUUUUGAUCUUUGGCACUGUAAGCACUUUCACUGGCAAAAGCUUUUUGUUGUUGUUGUAUCAAAUGUAAUUAU